AUGGAUAGAAAAAAUGACGAAGUAGAUGUUAGGAAUGUGUAUAAUUGGGUUCUGAAUCGAUUAAGAUUUUCUUACCAAGAAAAAUAUAAUAUAGAAGACUUAAUUGAGCGAAAUGAUGAAGAAAAUAAAGAAGCUAUAGAAAACUUUUUGAGUAAAGAAGAAGAUGAUGUUUUAUUGUUUAAUAUCGAAGAUAAUAAAAUAGUUUUAAAAAAAGAAGAAAAUAUAAAAUUUGAUGAUAAAAUUGUUUAUUUUCAUAAAUAUAUGAAUGGAUAUAUUAAAGACGAAAAUAACAUAUUAUAUGGAAUAUUAUCACCAAAUAUAUUAGAUACAUUAAAAAUAAUGCUUUUAAAAGUUAUAUAUCCAUUAUUUUUUAAUAACAAAAAUAUAUAUAAAAAUAUAUGUAUAGAUGAAAUAAAUAAAUUUUCCAUGGACUUUGAUGUAUAUAUAAAAGAGUUAAAUGAAUUUAUUUUAAUAUUAGAAGAUAUUAAAAAGGUGAAGAAGCAAAAAACUUAUGAAUAUGAAAUUAUUUGUGAAAAAAAUGGAGCUAAUAUAUUUAAUAAAAAUGAGAAUGAUGAGAAAAAAGAAAAUUCAAAUGUUAAAGGGAAUAAUAAAAGUGGAAAUGAAAUAGAAAAUAAGAUUCAAAAAAAAAAGACAGAAACAACACUACUAACAAAAUAUUUAAAUAUUAUAGAAUGUUUAUUUAACGAUAUGCAACAUAAAAUAGAAGAAUAUAAAAAGUGUAAUUUUGAUGUAGGCCCAUUCAUUGAAAUUCAAUAUUGGAGAUAUAAGCAUAGAUAUUUAUUAUUUAUUAUAGAAGAAUUAAAAAGUAGUGAAAUAAAAAAUAUAAUAAAUAAUAUAAAUAUAAAUAAUUCUAAUAAUGAAGAACAGAAAUAUGCAUAUACUUUUGAUAUAUUAAAUAAAUGGAGAGAAUUAGAAAUAAAAAUAGAAAAUGAAUAUAAUGAAAGUAAGGAUAAUAUAAAAUAUUUAGAAAGUAUUGAACAAUUUAUAUUAUCUUUAUAUUUAUGUAAUGUUGAAAAUAUUAUUGAUAACAUUCCUUCACUUUUAAAUUCAAUUAAAAUGAUUUAUUUGGUUGCACGUUUUUACAACACCCCGAACAAACUUAACAACUUGUUUAUCAAAAUUACAAAUCAGCUUGUUUUAAAAUGCAAAAAUGAAAUAUUUUUUGCAAAAAAAAAAAAAAAAAAAAAUUUUAGAAAAUCAAAAAGAAAUGAUAAAAAAAAUAAAAAUAAUUAUGAAUAUACAGAAAAUUCUGAAAAGUAUAAUAGACAAAAAGAUAAUGAUAAUGAUAGCAGCAAUAAUAUUAGUGAGGAUAAUUAUUUGGAAGAAGGAGUAGAUAAUAUACGCUCAUCAAAUUUUAAUAAAAAUAAAAAUAAUUAUAAUAAAAAAGAAUAUGGUUAUUAUGACAAACAUAUGAAAAAUAAGAAUGUUGAAAUGAGUUUAGAUGGAAAUAAUGAUUCUGAUGAAGAAAUGGAAAAAAGCGAUUCGUCUUUUGAUUAUCAUGAUAGCGAAAAUGAUGAACAAAGCGAUGUAGAAAAUAGUUAUAGCAUUGGGGACAACAUGAAUGAAGAAAUAGAGGGAAAUAAUAAUAAAAUUUGUGGAGAAAAUAUAAUAAAUAUGAAUUUUAAAAUGGAUGAAAUGACAAAAGAUAAAGAGAAUUUGUGGGAAUUAGAUCCUGAUGAACUAAUAGAAAAAUUUGAAUUAUGUUUUAAAUUACAAGAAAAAUAUAAAGAAGAAUUUAAUAAUAUAAAAACAUUUUUUGAAAAUAACUCUAAAAAUAAAUCUGUUAAUUUGGAUACACAAGUUAUAUUUUGUAAAAUGGAUUUAUUUUGUCGACGUUUAAAAAAGUUGGUAGAUUUAUUUUUGUGUAUAAAACAAUUUAAAGAAUUAAAAAAAGUGAAAUUUAAUAUAAUUCAAAAUAUAACAACAUCAUUUAAUAAAUAUAUAAAAGAGUUUAAAUCUAAGCAUAUUGAUGAUAUGUUAAAUUAUACAGACAAUUAUUUUGAUAGAGAUUUUGUUGAAUUAAGGGUUUAUAUAUCAGAAUUAGAAAGUGAUUUACAAGAAAGUAUAAUAAAUUUACUAAAUGGAAGUUCAAAUAUUAUGUUUUCAUUUUUCAUUUUUUUUAAAUUUAAAAAGUGUUUUAUGAGAGAUUAUUUAAUAAAUUUUUUACACACAAAAUAUGAUAUAUUACUUGCACAAUUUUUAGAAAUUCUUAAUUCGAUUAAUAACGAUUUAGAACACUAUAAAAUAAAUUUAAACUCAAAUAAAAAUAUUAAUUAUCUUAAAAAUAUAUUCUGGAUAAUUAGUAUUAAUUAUAAAAUUAAUCAUAUAAUUAAAAUAUUUUUGGACGAAAAUAAUUUAAUGCUCAACUCUUUAAAUCAAGUUUCUUCUCAUUUUGAGAUGGCAAAAUUGAAGAAUGCCAAUGCUUUAAAAGGUUUUGAAAAACCAUUAUUAAAUAUUUCAGAAAAAGUUGUAAAUUCCAAUGGAAUAUCGGGUAAGGGAAUAGACAAAAACUGUUGUAUAGAUGAAAAAAAAGAGACAAUAGUAUGUAGGAAUAUUUUUUUCGAAAUAAAUGAAGAAGUUUUAAAAUUAUUAGAAGAACAUGAAAAAAAAAAAAAAAAUGAUACAAAAAAAAAAGUAGUAUCUGAAGAAGAUGGGAAAAAUGAUGGAGAGAAAGAAUGUAAUGAAGAUAAAUUAGUAAAAAUAGAAGAAUCUGAAAAUAAAAAUAAAAAAAUAAAAAAUAUGAUUUUUAAAUGUUCUAGCGGGAAAGAAGUAUUAAAAUUAUACAUAAAAAUUUAUAAGUUUAUUGAAGAAUAUAAAAACAAAUUAUUUAAACAUUGGGUAUUGUUUACAAAAAGUGUGAACAGUUUGAAUGUUACUAUAUUUGUUAAGCAUCCUAAAACUCAAAAUGUUACAGUAAAUUUUGAUAAUAGAAUUAAAAAAAUAAUUAGAGAAGCGAAAAUUUUUAUGUCUUUUAAUUUUGAAAUACCUGAAGAUAUAAAAAGUAUGAUGUCACAAGAAUCUAGAAUCUAUACUUUAUAUUAUAAGUUUUACAAUAUAUUAAUACUUGUAAAAAAAAUGAAAAAUAAUAAAAAAAAAGAUAUAGAAUACACACUAAAUCGAUUUUUUAUAUAUAUAGAUAAACUUAUAGUACCAUAUGCUGUGAAAUAUACAUGGAACAAUUAUGCUGUUGAAGAUUCUGUUGAUAAUUUAACAAAAGAAAUAAAAUAUUUUGAUGAAAAUAUAAAUUCAUUAUAUUAUAUAAUAGAUGAUCAUAUUAAUUAUAAUAUAAAGUCACUUUAUAAAAUAUUAGAACACAAAAAUGAGAAAUUUAAUAUAAAUAGACAGAAAAAAAAUAUAUAUAAAAAGAUGAUUUUAUGCAAUUCUAUAUCAAAGAAAAUACAAAUAGCAAUAUUUGAUCUUUUAAAUAAUAUACAAUAUGUGUAUACUAAUAAAUUAAAAAGUAAAAUCACAAAAGAAGAAAUAACAAAUACAAGAAAUUUUUAUUAUAACAUAUUUUUAUCUACUCUUAAAAAAAUAUAUUUAAAAAAUAUUAGAAUGGUAAUUAAUAAAUGGUCUUCAUUUGAUAAAUUCGAAGGAAAAAAAAGUGAUAGCAAUGAUAUCGAUAAAACAGCAAAUUCUUAUGGAGAAACAAAUUUUAUUGAAAUAUUGUUGUUGAUUCAUGAAAAUAAAAUUAUUAUAAAUCCAUCUAUAGAUAAUAUAAAAGAGGGUAUUAAAAAAAUGAUCAACAUUUUAAUAAAUAAUUUGAUAUAUGUAGAUAACUGGAUUAGUAGUGAUGAUUUGAUAAGCAAGUUUGAGAAAGAUGAAGAAAAUGAAAAAAUUAAAGAUGAGGAGCUAGGAAAUAAAGAAAUGGAAAAAAAUAAUAGAAAAAGCAUAUUUGAUGAACUUUUAGAUUCUUCUUCGCUUUUGAAAAAAAAUAGGAAUGAAGAUGAUGAGUUUAUCAUAGAAAGUAACAAUUGUGUUUGUAAUUUAGAAUAUUAUUUUGAUUUUUAUGAAAAAAUAAAAGACGACAAAAAUAUUGAAAAAGAGCUUAUAAUGCUAAAUGAGAAAUUAAGCGGAUUUCAAAAUGUAGUGGAUAAUUUUAUUAAAAAGUUUGAUAAGUAUAAAUAUAUAAUAAACAAAUUUGAGAUAGAGAGAUUAAAAAAUUUGGAAAAACAAAAAAAUAUGCCAAAGAAAAUAAAAUCAGUAAACAACAAUAAUUAUUCAAUGCCAAUGGGUGAAAUAAUAUAUGAUAAGGAUAUUGAGGAACAUAUUAAAAAGGGGGAAACAUCUAUAUGCGUAGAUAGCGAUUCUGAUCCAGGAAAAGAUAAAGUUGUGGAAAAAGACAAUGAUAAAAAUGAGGAUGUAGAAAAUUGUGAUUAUAGUAGUGAUGAAGAAUUUAGUGAUAAUUAUGAUGAUGAAUAUGACUUAUAUAUUUACAAAGAAGAAGAAAAGAUAAAGGAAUAUAUUGAUAUAAAAAAAGAAAUAAAUAAUAUAGAAAAUGUAUAUAUAUUAAAUGUAUUUAAAUUUAAUUUAGAAAAAUUUAAGAUGUAUUUAGUAAGCAUUAUUGAAAAUGAAGCAUUAGAAUGUGCCAACAAAAUUAUUUAUCCUGUAAAAAGAAAAAGUGAUUGGCUAAUAAAAAAAAUGAAUGGAUAUAAAACAAAAUUGAAAAAGAAUAUUGUAGAUAUCGAUUCUCUUUAUUAUGUAAUUGAUGUAAUAAAAAAAAUUCAUGUAUUUGAAUCAAAUAUAGAUAUAGUAUUAAACCCGAUAUAUGAAAUGCUAGACAUACUUGAAUUUUAUAUGAACAACUUUUUAAAAAAGCAAAUUGAUAAAUUUAAAAAUUUUAAUCAAUAUGAUUGUGAAGGGAACGAUAUUUGUGGUAAUAACUUCUAUGAUAACAAUGGUUAUCAACAAAAUUUUGGAAUAAAUUUAGAUAAAAAAGAACUUUCUAACGAAUUAAAUGAAUCAUAUAAUAAAAAUUUUAUAAACACAUUUAACAAAUUAAAUGUAAUGAAAAAAAAGUUUAUAAGUCUGUAUAGAAUUGAGGUAGAAAAAAAUAAUGUAAUUAUGAGCCAAUUUAACGAAUUAAUAUAUUUAACAAAAAAAGUAGAAGAAGAAAUACAAGAAAAAAAAAGUAUUAUGAAAAGUGAUUUAAUAAAUAAUAUAUAUAAUUUUAAACAUAGUAUGGAAUUAUUUAGAACAAAUUUUCUAAAAAUGAAUUUUAAAAGUAAACAUGCAAAUCCAUUGACUGUUUUUGAAAUUUUAAAAAGAUAUAAAGAAGAAAUUAAUAUUUUAAAAAAAAAAUAUAAUAGUUAUUAUAAAGGAGAAUCUAUAUUUGGAUUAAAACACCAAGAACAUUCAGAUUUAUUUUUAAGUAUAACCGAAGUUAAUAAUUUUUAUUCUCUUUAUGAUUUAUAUGUGCAACUCAAAGAAAAAUUAAAUGAAUGGAAAAAUCUAAAAUGGAAUGAUGGAAUAAUAAAAAUAAAGGAGUUAAAAGAAGAAAUUUUAAUAUUUGAAAAAAAAUGUUUGCAAUUACCUAAAAAUUUAAAAUCUAUUAUAAUAUAUAAAAAUUUAGUUAAAGAAAUUAUGUAUUUUAAAGAGAUCGCACCAAUAAUUGAAGAACUUGAGAAAAAGACAAUUCUGAAAAGACAUUGGAUUGAAAUAAUUAAUAUAUUAAAAGAUAAGAAAAAAAAAGAAAUAAAUAUUAAGGAGAAAAAAGUUAAAAAAAAUAUGUCUGAAACUCAUAAAGAAGCAGAUUUAGUAAAAGAGAAUGUAGAACGUUUUAAAGAUGACAUUACAUUAAAGGAUGAUAAAAAUAAUGGCGAUAAUAGUAAUAAAAAUAUAAGUGGAAAAAAUCAAACUGAAUAUGGUGAAGAAAUGGAAAUAGAAAUUCUGAACGAUGCAGAAAAAAUAAAUAAAGAAAAUAAACCUAUAGAAAACGAUAUAAUGUUAGAUGAUGGAUAUUUAGAUGAAGCCGAAUAUAUAAAUAAUUUAAAUAAUCUUGAUUUAGAUAAUAUGGACUUUUUAAUUAAAGAUUUAAUAAAUGAAUAUUUGUUAAAAAAAAAAGAUGAUAUAUUAGAUAUAUGUGAUAGUGCAGAAAAAGAAGCUAGUAUAGAAGAAAAAAUAAAUGAGCAAUAUAAGAUAUGGAAUGAAACUUGUUUUCGUUUUAGUAAAUGGAAAAAUAGAGAUUACGCAUGCAUAUUGGUAGGUAGUAAAGUCACAGAAAUUCAAGAAAGCUUAGAAGAAAGUCAGAUAUUAUUGAAUAAUAUAAAUUCUACAAAAUAUAGUAAACCAUUUAAAAAUAAGUUAUCAAUACUUUUAAAUAAAUUAUCUGAUUGUAGUGAUAUAGUUGAGAGAUGGAUAAAAGUUCAAAUGUUAUGGUGCUCUAUGGAGAGUGUAUUUACAAGUGGCGAUAUAGCUAGACAAAUGCCAAUUGAAUCAAAAAGAUUCCAUCAAAUAGAUAAAGAUUGGAUUAAUAUUAUUAACAUUGCUAAUGAAUCAUCUAUUGUUGUAGAAUGUUGUCAAAGUAGUAUGUUAAAAGAGCUAUUACCUAAUAUGCAAAAGGGUUUAGAAAGCUGUCAAAAAUCUUUAGAAUCUUAUUUAGAAGGAAAACGAAGUAAAUUUCCUCGUUUUUAUUUUGUAUCUAAUUUAGUGUUAUUAAAAAUUUUAUCACAAGGGUCUGACAUAAAUAUUAUUCAAUCAGAAUUAAUAAAAUUAUUUGAUGCAAUAAAUUACUUAACUAUAAAAAAUAUUCAAAAUAAAAAAAGAAUUGUAUGUAUUAAUAAUAAAGAAAAAGAUGAUAUUGAAACGGUGGAAUUAGCUAACCAUGUAACGAUUGAUGGAAAUAUAGAAAAUUGGUUAAUACUUUUAGAAAAAGAAAUGCAAAAGGCUAUAAAAAGAGAGUGUAAAUUAGGAGUAACUAAUUCUGCUCAAUUAUUUAAAAGUAUGAAUUUAAAAGAAUUUUGUGAUAAAAAUAUUGCGCAAGUUUCUUUAAUAUGUUUGCAAGUUAUGUGGACAAAUGAUAUUGAAAAAUGUAUAAAUAAAUAUAACUCGGAAAAAAAUAUAUUAAAAGUUACUAAUAAAAAAAUUAAUUAUAUUAUGUCUGAGCUAGUAAAUAUAUGUCUUUCUGAUUUAGGGACAAAAUUUAAUAGAACAAAAUAUGAAACUCUUGUUACUAUACAUGUGCAUCAAAGAGAUUUAUUUAAUGAGAUAUCUGAAAAAAUAAAAGAACAUAAAAUAAAAACAUGUACAGAUUUUGAUUGGUUAAAACAAACUAGAAUAUAUUAUAAACCAGAAAAAAAUAUUAUUUUAAUAAGUAUAUCAGAUGUCGAUUUUAUAUAUUCUUAUGAAUAUUUAGGUAUAAAAGAAAGAUUAUGUAUUACCCCUUUAACUGAUAGAUGCUAUUUAACAUGUGCUCAAGCAUUAGGACUGUGUUAUGGUGGUGCCCCAGCAGGGCCAGCUGGAACUGGUAAAACUGAAACAGUAAAAGAUUUAGGGAGAACAUUAGGUAUAUAUGUAAUAGUAACAAAUUGUUCUAAUCAGCACAAACAUAAAGAUAUGGCAAAAAUAUUUAAAGGUUUAUGUAGAAGUGGGUUAUGGGGAUGUUUUGAUGAAUUUAAUAGAAUAAAUUUAGAUGUAUUAUCUGUUGUUGCUAUGCAAAUAGAAUCUAUUGUUACAGCAAAAAAGCAAUCGUUAAAACAUUUUCUUUUUCCUGGUGAUUCAAAAUCAAUUAAUUUAAAUCCAUCAUCUGCUUAUUUUAUUACAAUGAAUCCUGGUUAUGCUGGUAGACAAUUACUACCAGAAAAUUUGAAAAUAUUUUUUCGAUUUAUUUCUAUGAUGGUUCCAGAUAGGCAAAUUAUAAUAAAAGUAAAAUUAGCAUCUGUUGGGUAUUUAGAUAUAGAUAAUUUGAGUAACAAAUUUAAAUCAUUAUAUAAUUUAUGUGAAGAACAAUUGUCAAAACAAAAGCAUUAUGAUUUUGGGCUUCGAAAUAUAUUGUCAGUUUUACGAACUGCUGGAGAUACAAAAAGAACAGAAGCAGGAAAUGACAUUGAUGAAGAAAUACUUUUAAUGCGUACUUUAAGAGAUAUGAAUUUAUCUAAAUUAGUCCAUGAUGAUGUUUUAUUAUUUUUAUCAUUAUUAAAUGAUGUUUUUCCUAAAUUCCAUAAUAUUACAAAAAAAAACUAUCAACUAAUAGAAGAAAAUGUAUUGAAAAUUAUUAAGAAUAAAAAGUUGUGUGCAAAAAAAAAAUGGAUUUUAAAAAUAUUGCAAUUAUAUGAAACAUCUUUAGUUAGACAUGGAUUUAUGUUAGUAGGAAAUACUUUAACUGGUAAAACAGAAAUAUUAAAUAUUUUGACAUCUGCAUUAUCAAAUGUAGAUAUUCUUACUAAAAUAAUUACACUAAAUCCUAAAUCGAUAACAUCUGAGCAUAUGUAUGGGGUUAAAGAUAAUUUAAGUGAAGAAUGGACGCCUGGUAUUUUUGCUAAUAUAUGGGAAAGAUACAAUAACAGCAAUUUAAAAUAUAAUACAUGGAUAGUAUGUGAUGGACCAGUUGAUGCAAUUUGGAUAGAAAAUUUAAAUACAGUUUUAGAUGACAACAAGAUAUUGACUUUAGCUAAUAAUGAUAGAAUUCCUAUGACAGAUAAUACGAAAAUAGCUUUUGAAGUAGAGAAUUUAAAUAAUGCUUCUCCAGCUACUGUAAGUAGAACAGGUAUAGUUUAUAUUUCUGACAAUGAUUUAGGAUAUAAACCUUUUAUUUAUAGUUGGUUAAGCAAAAUAAAAGAUAUAAAUGUAUAUGGUAAUACUUUAUUUACGAUUUUUAAUAAAUUAUUUGUUUUUUAUUUGGAUAAAAUUAAAAUUCUUCAAUUUUUAAGAGAAAAUUGUAAAUUUGUUAUGGAAGUAUCAGAUUCAAUUUUAGUUUCUCAAAUGAUCAAUUUGUUAAAUUCUUUAUUAGUUCAGUAUAUAAAUGCAAUAAACAAUUUUAUGUAUAACGAAGAAGAUUUAAAUAAAAUAUAUUUUUUCCCCGAUUCAAAUGAAAAAAAAUUAUUGCACCAAAAUGGUAGUACAUUAAUAAAACAAAAUCGCAAUGACAAUCUGAUCAAUGAUUUAGAUAAGUCUGAUAAUUCUAUCAAUUUGAUUGGAACAAAAAAUAAAAAAGGUAAAGAGAUAGAUCUACAGAAACAAAAAGAACAAACACCUGGCUCUGAAAAAAACAAAUUAUUGUCUAAUAAAAAUAAUGAGAAUAAAACAUUGGCUUUGAGUUUAUCUAACAAAAACCAGGUAUUGUCUAAUACUGGAAGUGGAAAACAGGAGCCUAAAAUCAUCGACAAAGGUGAAAAGGAAAAUACACAGAAAAAAUAUGUUGGUGAAAUUGAAAAAAGUGAAUAUAUUUCUAAAAAUGAUCAAACUGAACCAAAUGAUGGAGAAUAUGAUGACAAAAUGGAAAACACAAACAAUUAUAAUCCUGGAUUUGAAACAAAAUAUGAUCAAAUAAAAGUUGAAGAAUGUGAAGAUAUAAUGAUAUACUGUAUAGUUUGGGGUUUAUGUGGUUUACUAGAAUAUGCAUAUAGGGUUAAGGUGCAUAAUUAUUUGUUAAAUAAUGUGAGUAAAUUGAGAUCAGUAUUAGAAAAAAAAGAAAAAUUAAAAAAAACGAAAGAAAAUAAUAUUUCUGAAAAAUUGAUUUAUAAUAAUGCUGGAGAUAAUGUUGUAAAUACCACUAAUUUUAAAGAUAAUAACUCUGGAGAAUUGGAAAAAAAUAUGACUGAUAAAAAUGAUUAUGAUUCUUUUCUAGAAUCUGAAAAUGUUGUAGAUAUGGACGAAGAUUUCGAAAACGAUAAGUGCCUUAUUUAUGAUUAUUAUUUUGAUAUGCAAUUAAGAAAAUUAAGAAAGUUUAAUUUAUCAAUCUUCAAAAUGCCUAAAAAUAUGAACACAAUAUCUGCAAUAUUAAUUCCAACAAUCGAAACUGAUAAGGUAGAACAUAUAAUAAAAUUGAUAUCGAAUAUUCCUAUUCGAUCGCAUAAUUUGCAUACAUAUAAGAGUACAUUAUUAUUGGGUUCUACUGGAUCUGCUAAGACAUCUAUAGCUUUAUUAUAUACAUCUAAACAAGAUAAGAAUACAAAAAGAUUUAAUUUUUCAAGUGUGACAACUCCAGAAAAAUUCCAGCUAUUUAUUGAAUCUGAAUUAGAAAGGAAAACUGGAAAAACAUAUGGCCCCAUAGGAAAUACAAAAUCAAUUAUUUUCAUUGAUGAUAUGUCAAUGCCAAAAAUUAAUGAAUGGGGAGAUCAAAGUACAUUAGAAUUAUUAAGACAACUUAUUGAAUUCCAAGGAUUUUAUUUUUUAGAUAAAGAUAAAAGAGGGAAUUUUAAAAAAAUUAUAGAUUUAGAAUAUAUAGGAUGUAUUAAUCAUCCUGGUUGUGGAAAUAAUGAUAUACCUAAAAGAUUGAAAUCAAAAUGGUUUAAUAUUAAUAUCCCUCCAUAUAAUUUAAAUUCUAUAAACACGAUAUAUGGAACAGUACUACGAACAAAAUUUAAUAAAAAAAGAAAAUUUUCUGAAGAAAUAAUUGAUAACAUUGAUAAGAUUAUUUUGUGUACUAUUAAAUUAUUUGGUCGAUUAAAAAAAUAUCUUUUACCUGUGCCUUCACGUUUUCACUAUUUAUAUACAACAAGGGAUUUAGCAAAAAUAUUUAACUCAAUGUUAUUAUGCCCCCAUAAAACGAUAGAUAAUAGCUUAUAUAAUUUCUUAUGUUUAUGGAAACAUGAAUGUGAAAGAGUGUUAAUUGAUAAGUUAUCUAGAGUGGAAGACAAAAAAUAUUCGUUAGAUCAAAUAAAACAAAUAUUUAAACAAUAUUAUCCAUCUUAUGCAGAUAUAGGAGAUAAAAAUAUAUAUUUUAGUUAUUUCUAUGUUUCCGAAAAAGAAGAACAAGAAUAUAUGAUAGAGAAUGAUUUAAUAGAAAAUGGUGACCAGGAUCAGAAAAAUAGUGGAGUAGCUGGUGGUAUAGGAAAUAAUAGUGGUGGUAGUUCAAAUAUUUCUGGUAAUAAAAAUGGAAUAAAAAAUUUGAAUACCGGGAUAGGAGGAUCUAGAAUAGAAACCGGGGUUAGCAAAAUGAACACGAAAAUUGGAAAUAAUGAUAAGGGCAAUACGGCAAUUAACAAAAAUGAUAUAACAAUAGAAGAUAAUGAAGAAAAUAUAAAUAAUUUUUCAUUUAGUUGGAUGAAAAAAGAUUAUAAAAUUGUUUUCGAUUUUGAAAGAUUACGAUAUAUUGCUUAUGAAUAUAUGAAAGAAUAUAAUGUAAAUAAUGUAAAGAAGUUUGAUUUCGUUUUUUUUGAUGAUUCAUUAAAGCAUUUAAUUAUUAUUAAUAGAAUUAUGCAAACUCCUAGAGGUUCAAGUAUGUUAGUAGGUGUAGGGGGAUCUGGAAAAAGAUCAUUAACAAAGCUUAGUGUAUUUAUAAGUGAACAGGUAUUAUUUCAAUUAAAUAUUACAAAAACAUAUACAAAGAAUUUGUUUUUUGAAGACUUAAAAAAUUUAUAUAUAUCAGCUGGGCAAAUGAAUAAAAAAACAACAUUUUUAUUAAGUGAUAAUGAUAUAGAAAAAAAUGAUUUUAUAUUGGAACAUGUAAAUUCUAUUUUAUCUACUGGAUUAGUUUAUGGGCUUUUUAUAAAGGAUGAAAAAGAAGCAAUAUGCUCUGAGAUGAAAGAAGCAUAUCUUAAAGAAAUGAAUAAAUAUAACCAAUCAUCAAAAAUGAAAGGAAAUAAAAAAAAACAAAGGAAUACAAAAUACGAUUACACAUUAGACGAUUUAGAAAUAGACAAUAAUUCAAAUGAUUCACAAAUGAAAAGUGACACAUCUUCAUUAAAUAAUUUUGAUGAAUAUAAUUUUGACACACAAUAUGGCAACAAAAAUAGUAGUAGUAUUAUUAGUAGUAAAGAUAUGAAAAAUGCAGGAAAUAAAAAAAAAGAUGAAAAAGUUGUAAAUGAUUUUAAUGUACCAUCUAGUGCAAUUUUUGAUUAUUUAUUAGAAAAUUUUAGAAAUAAUUUACAUAUAUUUUUGUGUUUUUCACCUAUACAUAAAGAAUUUGCCUUACGAUAUCAACAAUUCCCAUGUAUAUAUAAUUGUGUAACUAUAGACUGGUUUUUAAAAUGGCCUUUAGAAGCAUUGGUUAAUGUAUCCACUGCUUAUUUAGAUAAUUUUAAUAUUGAUAUUGAAGAUAAUUUGAAAAAUGAUUUUUACAAUUUAUUUGCUAUUAUACAUCAAAAGGUUUCAGAAACAUGCGAAACCUAUAAAGAAAGAAUGCGAAGAGAUACAUAUGUAACACCGAAAUCGUAUUUAACAUUUAUUAGUUUAUAUAAACAGAUGUAUGUGAAUAAAUAUGAUGAAAUAAAAUGUUUAAAAGAAAGUGUAGAUAUUGGGCUAAAGAAAUUAAAUGAGGCAGCUAUGGAUGUACAAAAAAUGAGAGAAAGUUUAACAUCUGAAGAAGAAAAAUUAAAAGAAUCAGAUGAACAAAUGAAUAUAUUACUAGAAAAGGUAAAAAAUGAAUCACUAAAAGCAGAAACACAAAGUAUUGAAGUUUCAAAAUUUAGAGAUAAAUGUAUUAAAGAAAAGGAUAUAAUAUUGAAAGAACAAGAAGAAGCAGACAAAGACUUACAAGAAGCAUUACCAUAUUUGCAUGAAGCAGAAGAAGCUAUAAAAAGUAUAACAGCAAAAGAUAUAACCGAAUUAAAAAGUAUGAAAACACCAUCUGAUAUUAUAAGAAUUGUUUUUGAUGGUGUUUUAAUACUAUUACAAGGGAAAUUAAAAGAACCUAAAAUAAACAUGAAAUAUGUAAAUAAGCAGCAUGUGGAAUUUAUACAAGAUUCAUUUGAUGAAUAUGCAAAACCAUUAAUGGCUGAUAUUCGUUUUUUAAAUUUAUUAUUCGAUUUUUCAAAAAAUGAAAAAGAUAAUAUUAAUGAAGAAACUAUUGAAUUACUCAAGCCAUACAUCGAAUCUCAUUUUUUUAAAACUCAAAUAGCAAAAAAGGCAUCAGCUGCCGCUGAAGGAUUAUGUAAAUGGGUUGGAGCUAUGGCUAUGUAUAACCAGGCGUCAAAAAUUGUAAAACCUAAAAUGAGUUAUUUAAAAAUUCAAACAGGGCGACUAGAAGAUGCAUUAAAACAAUUAGAAAAGGCUGAAGAUUCAUUACUAAAAGCUCAAUUAUUUGUAGAUAAUUUGAAAUUAGAUAUUGAGAAUAUGUGUAAAAAGAAAAAAACAUUAGAAGAAACUGCAUUGAAAACGAAACAAAGAAUUGAGCAAGCUAAUAAAUUGAUUAAUGGUUUAGCUAGCGAAAAAGCACGAUGGACCGAAGAUUCAAAUAAUUUUUCUAAUAUCAAAAAAAAAAUAGUUGGUGAUGUAUUCAUGUGUUCAUCAUUUAUUUCUUAUUGUGGUAUGUUUAAUACUGAAUUUAGAAAUUAUCUUAUGAAUGAUGUUUUUUAUCAUUAUACGAAAAAUGUUAAAAAUAUUCCAGUUUCAUCUAAUAUAGAUGUAAUAAAAUAUGUAUUAUCUUAUGACGAUACAAAAAUUUGCGAUUGGAAUGUUCAAAAGCUUCCAAAUGAUAAGUUAAGUAUCGAAAAUGCUUUAAUUAGUGAAAACAGUAACAAAUAUGGAUUACUUAUAGAUCCUCAAUGUCAAGCAAAUAAUUGGAUAAAGAAUAAAGAAUUUCAAAAUAAUUUAACAAAUCAAAGAUGUAUCACGACAUUUAAUAGUCCCAAAUUUAAAGACAAUUUAGAAUUUUGUUUAAGUGAAGGAAAAACGUUGCUUAUUGAAAAUGUCGAAGAAUAUAUUGAUCCUAUAUUAGAUUCAGUUUUAGAAAAACAAAUUAUUAAAAAAGGAAAAAAAAAUUAUGUGUUAAUAGAAAAUAAUUUAAUUUAUUUUGAUGAUAAUUUUAAUUUAUUUAUGACCACAAAUUUACCUAAUCCUAGUUAUAGUCCGGAAAUAUAUGCAAAAUGUUGUGUUAUUGAUUUUACUGUUACAGUUAAAGGUUUAGAAGAUCAAUUGCUAGGAAGGGUAUUAACAGAAGAACAGAAACAUUUAGAAGUUUCUUUGAAAAAUAUUAUGAUAGAACUUAAGGACAAUACAAAAUCAUUGCAAGAUUUAGAUAAACAACUAUUAUAUAAAUUAAAUACAAGUAGUUCAAAUUUAAUAGAAGAUGAAGAAUUAAUAGAAGUAUUAAAUAACACAAAAGCGUUAUCAAAAGAGUUGGAAAUAAAGCUAAAAGAUAGUAAUGAAAAGAAAAAAGAAAUAAAUGAAAAACGAGAACAGUAUAGAAGUGUAGCAUUAAGAGGAAGUAUAUUAUAUUUUUGCAUAGUUGAUAUAACAAAUGUUAAUUAUAUAUAUAAUACGUCAUUACAUCAAUUUCUUGAGCAAUUUGAUUUAUCAAUCCAAAAAGCAGAAAAAUGUCAACAUAUAAAAAAAAGAGUAGAAUCAAUACUGUCUACACUAACAAAUCUAAUUAUUAGUUAUAUGGAAAGAUGUUUAUUUGACCAGCACAAAAUUAUUUUCAAAUUAUUAAUAUCUCUGAAAAUAUUAUUAUAUGACGGUAUUAUAAGUAAUAAGGAUAUAAGUUUUUUCCUAAACCCACUUUCUAAUUAUAAUCCAUCAAAUGAUAUAACUAAUGAGUUACUGAAUAAUAAUAUAUUAAAUGGAAAUAUGGAUAUAAAAAAUAGAGGGAAAAAAGGAAAUUCUACUGAUAUAAAUAUGAAUAAUACAACAAAUGUCUAUUUAGCUAGUGAAGAAAAAGUUGCACAGAUUUCAAACGGAGCAAAUAGUAAUAAAAGAAAUAGCAAUAAUAUUAAUAGUGAGAAAGAACAUAUCGAAGAAUGUGAUGAUGUAGUAAACUAUAACACAGGAAAUAUAACUAUGGAUAAUAAUACCAUUAAUAAGAAUAAAAUUGAUACGAAUAAAAGAAAAUGUAAAAAUAAAGGAAGUUCAACAAAAUGGUUAUUUAAAAAUGAGAAACUUUAUAAAAAUAUAAAUUCAUUAUCUUAUCAUUCUUUUGGAAAUGAUAAAAAUAAUCGAUUUUUUUACGACAUAUUAAAUGUUAUACAAUUAAAUGAAAAUAUAUGGAAAAAUUAUUAUGAUGUGUUAGAUAUUGAAAAUAGAGAUAUUCCUUAUUAUAAUGAUCGUUUAGAUUCAAGUAGCAAAAUAAGUUCUUUUAUAAAAUUAUGUUUAAUUCGAUGUUUAAGAGAAGAUAGAACAAUAUUGUGUGCAAACAAAUUUGUAGAUGAAGUAUUAAAUAGGAAUAGCGAUAGUAUAAAACAUGAAACUUUAGAAAAUAUAUUUUCUGAAUCAAGUAAUAGGAAACCAUUUUUAUUCUUAUUAUCUUUGGCUAGUGAUCCUACAAAUAUGAUUGAUGAUUUUGCAAAAAAAUUCAAAAAAUACCCAACAGAUAAAAUAUCUAUGGGAGAAGGACAAGAAGUUAUAGCCAAGGAAAAAUUAAAAAAUGCGCUUAUAAGUGGAAAUUGGUUAAUAUUACAAAAUUGUCAUUUAAAUAAAUCUUUUAUUAUUGAAGUUUAUAAUAUGCUGAAAAGUCUAAAUGAGAUUGAAGAAGAUUUUCGUUUAUUUUUAACUUCAGAACCAGAUAAUGAGUUUCCUAUAUGUAUAUUACAUGGAAGUAUUAAAAUAUCAACUUCUUUAAGUCGAGGAAUAAAAAACAAUAUGAGAAAAAUAUAUAAAGACAUGAUAAAAGAAGAUAUAAUAGAUAAAAUUGAUGAUGAAAAGUAUAGGAAAAUUAUAUAUGCUUUGGCCUAUCUUCAUUGUGUUUUAUGUGAAAGGAAAAAAUUUGGGCCAUUAGGUUGGUGUGUACCUUAUGAAUUUAGUAUAACUGACUUAUUUGCAUCAUUUUUAUUUAUCGAAAAGCAUUUAUAUUCAACAUUAUUAGUGAAUAGGCCAAUAAAUUGGGAAUCAAUUCAUUAUAUGUUAGCAGAAGUUCAAUAUGGUGGUAAAGUAACAGAUGAUUUAGAUCGAGAAUUGUUGCUAACUUAUGUACAGCAUUACUUUAGUGAAGACUUAUUUAAAAGUAAACCUGAAAAUUCAGAACAUACAAAUAAUAACAACAAUAAUGCAAGCAUGUUGAAUAGCCUAGAUAAUAAUGUUCCUAGAUUUUCUGAAAUUACAAAUUUUGAUAAUUUUAUUGAAAGUUUACCAAAUAUAGACACACCAUCUGUUUUAGAUUUACAUAACAAUGCUGAAAUUACUUAUCGGGUUAAUGAAUCUAGACAAGUUUUAAAUUCGAUUUUAGAAAUUCAGCCUCGAGAUAUAGAUCAUGGGGAUGAAAAAAGUAUGGAAACUGUAGUAAAAGAAAUAUCUAUUGGAAUAUUAGAUAAACUCCCUGAGGACAUAAACAUUGAUGAUAUUAAAAAAAUGAUAUAUAGAAAAAAUAAGAACCCGCAAUUAAAUAACCAAACAAAUCAACAGUUAAGUGUGACAUCCAACUUAAAUGGUGGUGCUAAAAAUUUUAAUAAUUUAGAAAAUUAUUUUUACAAAAAUAAAAAUGUAAGUGACAAUGCCUUACAAAAAAGUCUUUUACUAAAUAAUACAAUUGAUAAUAAUGCAAAUACUGGCAAAAAUACAAACACAUCUGAUAAUAGAUAUAAUAAAAAUACAGCUGGUAUUGGAAACGAAAAUGAUAUAAUUUUAGAAAACUUAGAUAUAACAUAUUGGGAAUCGAAUAAUGAUGACAAUAGUAUACAGUAUAAUUUUUCACCUUUACAAGUAUUUUUCUUACAAGAAAUGGAAAGAAUUCAAAAAGUAAUUAAUUUAGUUAAAACAAAUUUAAAUGAUAUUAUAAACGCUAUAGAUGGUUCUAAAAUAAUGGUAGCUGAUUUACAAAAUGAUACAAAAUGCAUAUAUUCUCAAUCAAUACCUAAACAUUGGAUAUAUGAUGCUAGCGAAACAGAGAUAUCUUGGGUAUGUAAUAAUUUAAAUCAAUGGCUAAAUAUCCUUAAUUUAAGGUAUGAACAAAUUAUGAACUAUUUCCAAAAUGGUAAAUUGAAAUCAUAUUGGCUACCUGGAUUUUUUAAUCCUCAAGGAUUUCUAACAAGUAUGAAACAAGAGAUUACGCGAUUAAAUAAAAAGGAUCAACUUUCUCUCGAUGAAGUAGUAUUAUAUGCUGAUAUUAAAAAUUUUGAUAUAGAAAAAAUAAAAGAAUAUCCUGAGCAUGGGUUUUAUAUACAUGGGUUAUUUAUUGAAGGAUCAAAAUGGAAUUGGCAAGAAGGGAAAUUAGAAGAAAGUUCACCAAAGGUUUUGUGUGAAAAUAUGCCAGUUAUUCAUAUUACCGUUGUUUCAAAUAAAGAUAAAAAAAUCAAAUUUAUUGAAAAUAACAAGAGCAUGUUUUAUAAUUGUCCAGUAUAUAAAUAUAAUGUAAGAACUGAUAAAUAUUUUAUUUUUAGAAUUCAUUUAAAAACUGAUGUCGAUCCUUCAAUAUGGAAAUUGCGUGGAACAUCUUUGUUAUGUUCCAAAGAUUAA